GAGCCAGGGGCGGACUGACCAUUUGGAAACUCGGGCACUGCCCGAGAGCCCAGGGUCAGUAGGGGGCCCCAUGAGAUACCCCUGGUACCUUUUUCAUAGGCUUUUUUGAGUUUGGGCAAAGACACAGGGGCCCCAUGAUCCCCUAUUGUCCGGGGGCCCCAUGAGUUGUCAGUCCGCCCUUGCGCUGAGCAAACCGUUGGCGCUAUAUAAAUCCUGUAUAAUAAUAAUAAUAUUGUAUUGUUAUGGCCCGGGGUCAGUAGGGGGCCCCAUGAGAGGCCCCUGGUACCUUUUUCAUAGGCUUUAUUGAGUUUGGGCAAGGACACAGGGGCCCCAUGAUCCCCUAUUGCCCGGGGGCCCCAU